UGUCGCUGGGUGCCGGUGGGGGAGGUUGUUCUGCGCCGCCUGGUCCGUGUGUGAGACUUCCAAUUUCCACUCUUUGGGGACGGGAAAAGUUAGGGAAAAGUUCUUGGGGAGGGUGAAGGAAGAGUGUGUGGGUGCGUGCGUUCGUGUGGGUGUGUGUGUGGGUGGGUGCUCCGUGGAUUACAUCUCUUCCAUCUCUCACCUGUACGCCUCUCCUCCCCCCUCUCGGACAGAGUGCGUCAGUGAGGAGGACCGCAGGUGGCUGACGAUCUGCUUCUAGCCAGUUGCCACGUUGGGAGUCGCACCUUUCACCUUACAUCACCCAUAGGUCCCGGAUGGUGACCCGCCCCGUCGUGGGGGUCAGGGGCCCCCUCGACACCCCUGGCGUCCCGGGUCACCCCCUGGGGCACCCGUAGAGCCUGCGGGGGGCCACGGGGCCGCCGCCGCCGCCAGCAACACUACAGCAUCGUCACCGCCGCCAUGACAUCACCAGCGGAUGUUGGUGUAGACGGCUGACAUCACCGUCACCACCGCCGCUGCCGCCGCCGCCGCCGCCAGUUUGCCGCCGCCGCCGUGCCCCGAGGAUGGCCCUGCGGCGGCGCCUGUGGUAGUGCUGCGUGGCCGUGCUGGGGGGCGAGCAGCGGGGGGCAGCAGGGGGGGCGGGGGAGCCGGUAGAGGUGCCGCGCCACCGCCGCCGCCGACGCCACGAUGCCCAACAUGAACCUGAAGAAGCUGUGGCGCAAGAAGACGGUCACGCUGACGGAGUACGACCCGACCUACAAGGUGGUCUACCUGGGCAACGUGCUCACCGGCUGGGCUAAAGGCGAGGGGUGUGUUGACAAGCCGCUGGCAACACUGUGGAGGAACUAUUGCCAGAGUAACAGACAGGACAUCGCCAUGAAGGUGACCAUAUGCGGCGCGGGGCUGCGGGCGGUGACGCGGGAGCACGGGCUGACGGAGUACUGGGCCCACCGCGUCACGUACUGCGCCGCGCACCCCGCCUACCCCCGGGUGUUCUGCUGGGUGUACCGCCACGAGGGACGCCGCCUCAAGCAGGAGCUGAGGUGCCACGCCGUGCUGUGCCCCAAGAACACCAAGGCAGAGGCCAUGGCGACGCAGCUCCGAGUUCGUCUGGCCGCUGCUCUGCAAGAAUUCCGCCGCGAGAAGGUGGUGCGGCAGAACGCGAGACUGUCCCUCAUGCACGCCCUCUACGACUCCGCCUCCAUCCCUCGCCGCAAGCUGCUCCUCUCCACCGGCGGCUCCAACUACCGGCCGCCGCUAGAACGCUCCAAGAGUGCCCCGAAACUAGGCGCUAUUGAGGAGAUACUCGAGGAGGAGGAGGAGGAGGAGGAGGAGGAAGAGGAUGGGAGUGAUGGCGAGGCUGCGUCCGUGCAUCUACAACCCGGGGCGGAUGUCGGGGGUUCAAGCACCGUUUCAGACACCACAUCUGACAUUCUCAUGGAUUAUGACUCAGAGAGCGAGGCGGCCAGUGGGGGCAGGGAGACGUGUGUGCUGGAGGAGGAGGACGAGGAGGAGGAGGAGGAAGAGGAGGAGGAGGAGGAGGAGGUGUCUCAAGAGGAGGUGAAGGUCAAGGAAGGAGGGGGCACUCGAACGGGUCAAAUCCAGAAGUGUGAGGUCAAUGCGUAUGACUCUGACCUCAUGUACUGCCCCGCCCCGCCCUUGCCGACGCUGGAGUCCGUGGAGGAGGCCGCUGAUGACGAUGAAGGGCGGUGCGGCAGCGACACACACGAGGACGAGGAGGACGAGGCAGCCAGCGACCUAGGACUCCUGGCAACACUGGCGCGGGAACUGACCCUAGCGCCCCCUGGUGAAGAGUCCUUGACCUCUGACCAGCCAGAGUCCUUAGGGUCACACUGCGAUUCCUGUGGGUCGUCGUGUGGGGCGUGCGAAGCGGGGAGCGAGCAGGAUGACCCCCCGCACACACACCACCACCACCACAUCAUUGAGACGGGGGACGGAGGGGGCAAGAUGGCGGCCAGGCUAGACGGGGACAACAUCAGUGAGGAAAGUGGGUAUUCGGAGGACAAGGACUCCCUGCAGAACCUUUAGGAGGAGGAGGAGGAAAAGAGAGAAGAGGAGAAAAAUGGAAACUGGGAGGGUCACGAAAUAUAUCUGUAGGUGAAGGAAUAAAAGAGAAAAGAGGAAAAGGAGAAAGAAAAGAUGGAAAAGAAAGGAAAACAAGAGGGUCACUAAAUUUGUCUAUGGGUGAAGGAGAAGGGAGAGGAGGAAAAGAAAGAAAAGAAAGAAAAG